AUGUUCACAACCGAAGAGCGAGUGGACCUGUUCAAGCGCUGCAUACCGCAUCUGACGAAUGUGCGAGUAAUACCAUUCGUAGGACUUGCGCCUGCCGUUGCGCGCAGCGUGGAUGCAAGGUUCAUCAUCAGGGGAUUGCGCGCGGGUUUCGACUUCGAGACGGAGUUUGAGAUGGCGCUGAUGUGGCGCAACAUUGAUCCGGGCAUUGAUGUCGUCUGUCUGAUGACCGCCCUGGAGAAUCAGUUCGUACAUUCCAGUCGUAUCAAGGAAGUGGCGCAGCUUGGCGGCAGGAUUGAGAACCUGAUCCCCGCGCCGGUGUUGGAGGCGCUGAACGAAAAGCUCAAUUCGAGUGGGGCUUUUCAGUAA